AUGUCGAGCCCGAACGCAUCUCCCCGUCGUAUCAGUCUGAUAGCGACACCAACAAGUAUAGAUAAAGGCAAAGGGAGAGAAAUAGCGUCUUCGUCGGACAGCGACAGUGCUUCAGAUUCUGAAUCAGACUCAUUAACCAGUUCAGAUGAAGAAGACAAUGAAGUUAGCGACGAUUUCGUAACACCAUCAUACCUGGAGAGUCUUUUAGAAAAAUCAAGACAAAAUGCUCGGCUAGCAGCCAAGCCUUCAAUACCUUUCGACCAGGAGGAGGACGUCCUCAUAUUGGGGGCAGACAAGACCGAUAUACCAUUACCCACAUUGAAUCCUGGCCCACUUCCGUCACCCUACCUUUCACUGAACGAGAAAGGCCCCAAGGGUCCUGCGUACGAUCCCGAUGUCAAGCGUGCUGAGCUCGCAACGUCUUCACUCUCAGCACCUGCGCCACCGAUGCCACCCCCCGAACUUUCAUCUUCCGGAAAGCCCCUAACAAAGAAGGAACGAAAGGCAUUGAAAAAGCAAACCGCAGGGCCUGGGUGGUUCGAUCUCCCGGCACCUGCUGAGGCAGAUCUACCACGACUCCACCGUGAAGUGGAAGCUCUUCGCCUUCGUAAUCAAUUGGAUCCGAAGCGGUUUUACAGGAAAGAUGAAGGCGAGGGUAAGGGCAUCAAAGGCUUGCCCAAAUACUUCGCCAUCGGAACGGUGCUGCCUACUGACACGCCUUUUGGCACGCCAAGCAGUGAUAAUCUGCCCAAAUCGCACCGAAAACGCACGAUUGUGGACGAACUUGUCGACGAUGCAGAGGCGAAGCGCUAUGCCAAGAAGAAGUUUAGUGAGUUACAGGUCGUCAGAGGGGCAAGAGGCAGAAAGACGCUUGCCGCAAAGAAGGCGGCAAGGAGACAGAAAUGGUGA